GGCCAAGGCCUUGACAGCUCAGCCCCUGAAUCCUGAGGAUUGCAAAUUGGGGCUCCUCCCGCUUGGAGGCGGGUAAGGAUGUAACUAUGUAGGGGCGCAGAAUGAGCGAGAGAGGACUCAGAUCCCCUCCAAUUCCGCACAUUACGGCAGGCACUGCAGAAACGAGAGCAAAACUGUGCUAAGAGCAAAGUGCCUGCCGCCCCCAGGGUUUCACCUGCGGAUCGCUGGGCAAGGACAAGGUGACUUCUUCCCCUCCCCGCGAACUGUCCGGCAGGUACUUUUUUUAAUUCCGGAGGGAAAAAAAUCUUUGUUCACAAAAGGACUGGUUCCUCUUUGAAAGGGAAUAAACCGUUGAAGACUGGAACGAAGACGCAAUUGCUCUGCCUUUUUUUUUUUUUUUAAAUUCGGAGCCAGCGGAAGCCAUGUGCCCCUUCCAGAAGUGAAGCCCCGAAGCGUGGGCACACUUCUCCCCAAGGCCCGAUCCUCUUCUGGACGCGGCAGCGUGACUCGCUCUCCCCAGACGGUAAACUUGUCCCCGUGAGAGGGAAACUGAUUAAGGCCAAGUGGGUGUUGCACUUUUCAGAGCACCUGGGCGCAUGAAAACCCAGCGGACUGUCCUGGAAAGGAGAACAUGCCCCCCAAGUCUCUCUGCAACCUCUCCCAGACCGCAGGCGCGAAUCAGAGCGGCUUCGUUCCCGGGGUGUCCGAGGGGGACUUGCUGGCCGCCGCCGACGGGACGAGCGCCAAGUUCGCGAUCCGCUGUGCGAUCCCGUCCCUCUACCUGCUCAUCAUCGCGGUGGGCUUGCUAGGCAACAUCAUGCUGGUGAAGAUCUUCAUGAGCAACAGCGCCAUGAGGAGCGCCCCCAACAUCUUCAUCUCUAACCUGGCCGCCGGGGACUUGAUGCUGCUGCUCACCUGCGUCCCGGUGGAUGCCUCGCGCUACUUCUUUGACGAGUGGAUGUUCGGGAAGGUGGGCUGCAAACUGAUCCCGGUCAUCCAGCUCACCUCGGUGGGGGUUUCCGUGUUCACUCUCACCGCCCUCAGCGCCGACAGGUACAGAGCCAUCGUCAACCCCAUGGACAUCCAGACGUCCCGGGCGUUGCUGUGGACCUGCGUCAAGGUGGUGGGGAUCUGGGUGGUCUCCGUGCUGCUGGCGCUUCCGGAAGCCGUGUUUUCGGAAGUGACGCGAAUUGAGGGCGUUGAAAAUGGCAGCUUCACGGCGUGUGUACCCUACCCUCAGACGGAUGAAUUACACCCAAAGAUUCAUUCAGUGCUCAUCUUCUUGGUCUAUUUCCUCAUACCACUUGCUAUUAUUAGCGUUUAUUAUUAUCAUAUUGCAAAGACCUUAAUUAAAAGUGCACAUAAUCUUCCUGGAGAAUACAAUGAACAUACCAAAAAACAGAUGGAAACACGGAAACGCCUGGCUAAAAUUGUGCUGGUCUUUGUGGGUUGCUUUGUCUUCUGCUGGUUUCCAAAUCACAUUCUCUACAUGUAUAGGUCUUUCAACUAUAAUGAGAUUGACUCAUCUCUAGGCCACAUGAUUGUCACCUUAGUUGCCCGAGUUCUGAGCUUUUGCAAUUCUUGUGUCAAUCCAUUUGCUCUCUAUCUACUCAGUGAAAGCUUCAGGAGGCAUUUCAAUAGCCAGCUGUGUUGUGGGAGGAAGUCCUAUCAAGAGAGAUCAACGAGCUACCUUCUCAGCUCUUCUGCAGUGCGUAUGACAUCUCUGAAAAGCAAUGCUAAGAACGUGGUGACCAAUUCUAUUUUACUAAAUGGGAACAGCAUGAAGCAGGAAAUGACACUGUGAUUUCAGCCAUUCAACUCACUACCUGGAAAGAACUUACCUUGCUAUCUCUGUGGAGCAGAGCAGAAAAAUAAUUUUCUCAUUCUUACUAUUGCUCAGCUGGUUCAUCAAGCGAUUUCAUGAUUGACUCAGAAAAGGCAAGACAAACACAGCUAGCAUUCUUCUCUGAACAGGAUUUUGCCUUGAAAAAUAUAUAUCUCACACUAAAAGUCAUUCAAAUGAAAUUCUAUUUGUGUAUAAAUCAAUAUUGCUUCAGGAUUUAAGCUGUUGUUAGAGCCAACUCUAAUGUAUUUAUCUUAAGUUUGUUUUAUCUUGAAAUGUAUUCCUAUGUUGACUUGAUUCAGUGAUGGAAAUAUUCAAAUUCCUAUUAUUUGGAAAAGGAAUCAUAUUUCCCUGGUGAAUUUUAUUCAUAACCACUGCAUGUAUAUAUCUCCUUUAUUUAAAUAAAAUAGAAAAUUCAAAAGAUAGAGCUUAAUUACAAGUCAAUAACAUUUAUUGUGAUUCUUUGUGUGAUUAAUCAUAAUUUAUAGAGAUAGCUUAUGUCUGUAACUUUUAGGUAUGUGAUGAAAAGGUAUGAUGCCAUUUGAUUAUGAAUAAUAAAAUAGAUAUCAUAUGAAUAUGAUUUUACAUUAUGGAUGUAAAGCAGGUAUCAUAUGUCCCAAAAUGAUGAUUCAGAAAAUUGCAUGGCCAUUUGUGUAUACAUUUCUAAGUCCUUUAACAUUUCGAUGUUUCUGUAUAGAUAUGAGAAGAUUAGUGUAAUUCUGGUGAGGUCAGUCACUUACUUGUCUUCUCUUACAAUAGCCACCUAACAAGUGUGUGAAAUCUCAUUUAAGCAAGUUUAUUUGGCAUAGUACCACAGUUUCCUCUGACUUACCAUCUUAGAGUUUUCUCUAAAAUGCAAGCAUGGUCUUGAUUAAAUUCUAAAAGCUA